GCGGUCAGCUAAACUUAGGGGUAGAAUGGUCAAGAAGGACGUAGGGCAGACCCUUUAAACUUGACGAACUACUUACCGAUCUAUCCCUUGUUUUUCCUGUCAGGUUGGUUAGCAAAAAGAGGUGAAGAUGCCGGACGCUGAUGAAAUCGAGCAUGGCCCGGCCGCUACGCCAGAGGAUUUCGUCAUGGCACUCGAGAAAAGGGAGUUGGCACGACUUCAAGUGCCGGAAGUUAACAUAUUCCAUUUUAAUGGGGACAAAGUAUCCGAGUGGUUGGAGCUGCUGGAGCAGGUUACGGCCGAGGUGCCUGAGGCAGAUAAAUUCAAGUUCCUACCCAGGUACGUCUGCCGGGAAACUCGGCCCGAGCGGGACGAGUUUUCCACGGUGGGAGCUUUCGCAACGACAUUUGAGAAGAUGGCCAAGAAAGUCCCCGAAUUGGUGGAAGAAGAACAAUGUGCCACUUUCCUGGGGCACUUCAAGAAUUGGGAGGCCUCGUCGCUAACCAAGAAGGCUGCGCUGGGAAAGAAGCUCACUUGGGUCGCCAUAAAGGAGGGUGUAAUAGAAGGAGAGCUGGACCAAGUAGACAUCUUCCAAAUGCGACAGGCUAGGAAGAAAAGAAAGGCCUUGGACGCCACGACGAGCGGCGGGCGAGACUUUAAGAAACUGAUAGAAGAUGCAGUGGCUCAGCUCGAUGCAGAGAAAGAGGCAAAAAGGAAAACUAUGGCGGCACCACAGACCCAAGAGAAGGCAAAGAAAGCAGUGGUGCAGGAGGAAGAAGAAGAGGAAGAGGAAGAGGAGCCUGAGCCACAGAAGUUGACCGAGGCUCAGAGAAAAGCAAGGAACUUGGCUCAAGGGGGGCAAGGCUCAGGAAAGGGGCAGGUCCCACAAGCUGUAGCCAUGCCACCUCCUGAGUCGCCCAGAGCAACGCCUCGAUCAGGCACGACUUUCAGACCACCUUCCAGGACGGGGAGGGUACCGUACGCCGUCAGAACGAGGGUUAAAGGGCCAGUGAUUCCCGAAGAACCAGCCAAGGAUGUUCCUGAACCCAGUAGAGAGAAAGAGGUAGUGGACGUUCCAGAAGGAGAGGAUGACGAAGAUGAUAGGUUGAGGAAGGAAGAGGAUGAGAGGGCCGAGCAAAGGGCCAAGAAGAGGGGUGUCAGGCCUGAUACAGACAAGGCACAAGAAGUAAAGAAGAAGAAGUACGUUGUCCGAGUGGAAGAAGGCUUCGAUGUGGAAAAGAUAAUGGACAUAAUCCUAGAGGGUCAUAAUCACCUUAUGAACCUGAAGGACGUACUAGCCUCAACGCCUAGACUUAGGGAUGAGUUAAGAGCAAGAGUAUCCAGGAAGAUGGUAGCCAGCAUACGAUUGGGGAUUAUAAUCCCUAAGGAGGCGGAGGGGGCUGAAACGGGUACUAAGAUGGAUUGGAAGUCUGUCGUCUGUGGCUGCCUUGAUGUUGUGGUAAAAGGGAAGACAUGCACCGCAAUGGUGUACAGUGGAGCGGAAAUGAACCUCAUAAAGGAGGAACAUGCCGUACGACUGGGAAUGGAGAUAGACCGCUCUGACAACGGGGUUUUGAUGGGGGCCAAUAGCCGAUCGAUAUUCAUUGGGACCGCGUCAUCAGUAAUAUUGGAAAUUGGAAAGGUGAAACCAUGCCAAGAGGGAGGGGAGGGGCAGGGCCAGUGGAAACCCCUUUGGGGGAAAACCCGACAGAGGACGCAGAUGAGGACCUGGAGAGAGGACAUGCCUCCAGUCUUCCAGGGAGGGAAUAUUGAGCUGUUCGUGAUGGAGUUCGAGCGGCAUGCGAGAGAGUUUGGAUGGGACAGCACCAGGAUGUUGAGAGAGGUGCGAGGCACAGGCGAGUGGGCGGACCCUAUUGCUAAACUGGUCAGAGAGUWGCUGAGYUGGCAAGACUUUGGACGGAGGRUGGAGGGUUUGCAUYCRUCACCACUGGGAAGGGAUGGACRACCCAUUCGAUUCGACUCCACUAAUCUGGGGGAGUUCUUAUGGGCUUAUGAUCGAUAUGCGGAUGAGCUCUGUAUCCCAGGAGAGCAGAGAGUGGGGAGGUUCCUGUUGUUUGUAAGACACGAUAUCAGACCCUUCGUACGAUCCAUGGUGGCAUCUGCCAUGAACUGGGGGCACUGCAAGAAGCUGCUAUGGAACUAUUAUACUCCAGCUCGUCAGGCAAGUGAGAGGAGAGGUGUGGAAAAAAGGAGAAGGGAACCUGAGACAGAGGCGAGGGGAACCUUUGAGCAGGGCUCAUCACCAGGGGCUCAGAGGGAGGAAAGGAGGAAGGAACACAAGUCUCACCGACAUGAGAGAGCAGAGGGGUCCGAUGGUUCAGAUGCACCUCCACAACCUGCUCAGAGGGAGAUGGAUGGCCCCAUGCCUGACGCAGAGUCAAACAUCCCUCACAAGCCGCAUACGCAAGAGCCGAGGGAGGAACCGUCUGCGCUUGAGGAGGUGGAGGACAGAAAAGGAAAGGGUACCUGCACUCAGGAGGAAGACCCUCCUCUGUUCUCAGAGGUCUGGAUGGGCUUCGAUAAGCUGAUGGACGCCACACGAAGAUCAGGUGGACAACAUCAGGAGAUGGGGGUUAAGUUGGUCUCUACAGACCUGCUCAACCUAAGGAGCGUGAUGAGAGAAGGCUUCGCUGCCGCAAGGACCUCAGAUCAGAAGAUUGGUGACAGGCUGACAAAGGCGGCACAAAAGGCUUAUGGCCAGAGGGUGGACUGGGAGAGAGAGGCUGAGGGCCUGAAGAGGGAGCUGGGAAGACAGGGCAAAGAGUUGGCAGCAGUAAAGGCGGACAUGGAGAGAAUCUCAACAGUGAAUAAGGCCGUCAGACAAGUCAACCAGACCCUUAACAAGGUCACUGACGCGCUGAGGGCCUAUUUGUGUACACAACUGACCUUCUUCCAGGUUAAGGAGACUGAGUGGGAGAAAAGGAUUCGAGACCUUGAAGCCAAGUAUGCCCAACAAGCUUCCACAAGGGUGGUGGAUUGGACAGAGGUCCAGAAGUUCGAAAUCAGGGAACAACCUGCAGAGGAGGUCUUCAAGAAGGAAAAGGAAGUGGAGAAGGCAGACCAGCAGGAGGGUGUGGAGAUCCCUCUGAUCGACAAAGAGAUGUUGGAGCAGCCAGGAGUGCUUGUGGAAAAGGGUGCAGAGGUCGGAGAGUUUGAGUGGAGGUUACCUGCUCACCUGACACUGGGACACGAGCCGGCAGUACCACAGGAGGGACCACCAGUUGAGGCAAUGAGAGCUGAGGAGGUUCCACCUACUAUUCGAAAAGAGACUGUGGGGCAACAGGAGGGUCAGGAAAGUGUGGGCCAGACCAUGGUUGGGACUGAGCGGAGAGUGGACCUGAGGGACUGUCAGGAGUCAACCAUGCUUCAGGAGGUGCCAAUUGUUACUGAUUUGCGGGAUGUACUGGGAUCUUGGGCCACUGGGUCUGGGCCAGAGGGGCGUGUUGGGGAGUUGGGGAUGCCAGCAGAUGACAAAGCAGCCUGCCCCGCUUCCUCAGGGGUCCCACAACAGGAGGUUACGAGCAAGAUCUCAACAACCCCGUCAUCUGUACCCUCGCUGGAAGGAGACAAGAUGUCCCAGAAGAAGCUUGGCAAGUGUUUUUAUUGCAAGAGGGGCAAACAUCGAUUAGACGACUGCCCCAAGAGCCUCAAGGACGAGGCAAAUGGAGUGUGCACCAGAGAGUCAUCGGGGGUAUGGAGAGAUAGAAAUGGAUUCCUAGUUCCUAAGACUCGUGAUGGGGUGAGGGCGCAGUUGUAUAGGCAGCUGCAGGAGGUCAUGAGUGAUCAGGAGUAGGAUUUUCCAAUAAGGUCCGGAAAGGCCUAAGUCUAGUAUAUGCGAGACGUCUCUGACUCACCGACUGACGGUUACUUGUAUAUAGAGGGAUACAUGGAGGAUUGGAUCAGACCCAUGUACAUCAGUAGGCUGAGCCAGUAGUGAGGUGUUACAUCGCAUUAUAGACUUGAGAACCUUUUUCUGUACAUAAGAUAACGUUGAGUCUGACUAUAUUUCUUUCCUUCUGCUAAUGUGAUGUAGAGUGUUGAUACCCUUGUAAAAUAACGCUCAUGAGUGUGGAGCGGUCGUCGAGUUCCGACACUU